AUGGACCGCGGAGCACGGGCGCUUGCCAUGUCCUUGCUGCCAGACCUGGUCCAGUCUUUGCAAAACAGUCUCCCGCAACACGAGGACUGCUUGCUGCGAGACCGCAAGAUGUUUGUGGAGGGACCGCUGGACCUGAUCCUCGCCUGGCUCCGACUGCUCUUGAAGGUACUCACACAAGACCGCCAGAAAAUUCGGCAAGAUAUCUCUGUUCUGACCAGUCUGCUGUGGUCGCUGGCGCACAACGUGCUCUUCGAACCCGCCGGUUCAGCGCCGGUGCUGCAAGAAACGCCAGAUCAUCUUUUUGUGCAGGGUUAUCCUUUCCACAGUGUUCUGGAGAACAUCGAGCAGUGCGCAAGAGAGAGACAUGACAUGUGGCGAAUGACGCAGCAAGUGUCGGAAGGCCUCCUCCAGGCUGGGUGGGCUGUUAGCAAAACACCCUAA